AUGAAAAGUUAUGAGAAUGAUCUGAUAACUGACAAGCUUCCCAAGCUCAAGAGCUCAAGAGAAUGGUUGGAGCCACAGCCACUUUCUUUUAUGGAGGUAUUAGCUAAGGAAGAUGUUGAUGCAGCUAUUCAAUCAAUAUUAUAUAGAGAAAAUUAUAUAAUUAAGGAAUUAGAUAAGUGUUUAAAACAUCAUGACUUCUUAAAUGCAAGAAGAAAAGAGAUAUUGUAUAAGAGAUGGGUUGACCAUGUGGCAGAUCCUCUCCAGAAGAAAAUUAUAGAAAAAGUUACUUCAUAUAAGAAGAUUAAAAAAAGGAGACAAGAAGAAUUAGACGGUUUUUUAAAAUAUGUAAAUAAAAAGGGAAAUGCAUUUAUAGAGCAUUAUGAUCCAAAAGAGUAUGAUCCUUUUUACACGAACAAAGAGGACCCAAAUUUUCUGAAGGUUACCAUCCCACCAUUUCAUGACCCUUUGAAAAAGGCACAAUAUGACAAAGAUGAUGGGAAAAGAAUUCUUCUUCAGUGUGAGACUGGCAAAAUAUAUACAAUGAAAGAAUUUAAAGAGGUUGAGAAGGCCAAACUGCAUUCCAGAUUCCCAGGAAUUUCUAGUUCAAGGCAUUUAAUGACUCCAAAUGAGUGGAUUAGACUGCCUCCAAACUACAUAGAAAGUGAAUUUUGUAAAAGGAGCAGGUUAAAAAUAAAAGUGAAUUUUAAUGAAAGCAGUUUUGACUUGAAACCUUUGGCAAGAACUCCUCAUCUGGAAUUCCAAAAAGAAGAUAAAGCAGUUAUUUAUAAAAUUCUUUCCUUUCUGGUUCCUUUUUCCACAAACACAGGGUCAUCCUUUCUAUGUUAUCAGGAGGGAAGAAUCCAAGUUCCAAAGAAGCCAACUCUAAAGAGCACCUUUCUUCCUUGA